GUGUCUCUAUCUUUAGAAGAACUUACCUUUGACCUCUGUUCUGAUGGAGAAUAUUCAUUUGAAGUUUCUACCUCACCCAUUCCUAUCACUACACAUGAUGUGCAGAGGGCCACAGUUUCUAGUGUCAGAGAUGAUAGUGAGAUCAUUGUGACUGCAGAGUUUCUCAAAAACACGACAGCCAGAGGAUGUUUUGUGGUGCUGCAGUCUGGGAAUGAGUCCACUGCUGAUGUGUUCAGAGUCUUGCUAAGACCUGGACCUAACACCACCCUGCUGACUAGCACCAUCAGUGACACACCAUCAUCAACAUACAGAGCCCUUUUCUAUGACCUGGAGGAAGAUGGACUCCCUAAUAGGAGCCCAGCAUAUCAACCAAACAAUGUCAUUACUGUUAAUAGGAACGACUUGGUGGUUCAGAUGAGGUGUGGGUUCAAAGAAGGUAUAGAGGGAGCCUCAUGUGUCCUGGUCUAUCGAGAGCAUGGUAACAAGACACUAGUGGUGGAGGAAUAUCCUCUGAACACUGUCUUCCCUGUGAUUCUGACUGUUGAUGGAGAUCAAUACACAUUCGCAGUCUUUGGAAAGAGCAGUUUUGAUUUAGAAGAAAGACCGAUUGUAACAGAGCUGUCAGAACUAGUACCACAACACACACAGACUGAAGUAAUCACUUCAGAUGAGGAAGGGAUAAUGGAUACGCAAGUUGUUGCCAAUAUCCAUAGGUACGGCACUAGCAGGUGUUAUGAUAUGUCUCACAGCAGUGUUGGUGCUAAUGGUGGUAGUCAGACAGUGCCACGCCCACAGGAAGAAGCGAUCUGCAGGUAUAUAGGGUGGGUGUGGUGUGUGACUGUGUGUCAUGUGAACUCUCCUCCAGCGCCAGUGGCAGUGUAUGAUGAGGUAGUUCUUCCCCUGACCACCACCUCCUCCAUUCCAACUGAGCCGUCUCACACUACUACCAUCCCCACUACUGGCAAUGUGGCCUAUGAGACCACAACUCCCAUCAACACUGCUCAUAAUAGUAAUCCCACCAGAGAACUUUGUAGUAGCUGGAGAGUCACUCCUGAUGUAGAUGAUGAUGGUCUUGUCAUUGAAGAGCCUCCAUCACCAGAAGGACCAGAUGUCACCUACCAACUCCGUGCUGACAAUAGAUAUUCGUUCAUGGUGUCCCUUUCUAUUUUCACUACUACAAAUGAUGUCCAGAGUGCUGCCGCUGCCACCACCAAGGGUACCAAUAAUGAGAUCACUUUUACUGGAGAGUUCAUUGAAAGCACAACGGCUCAAGGAUGUUUCGUAGUUUUAGAGUGUGAAUAUGGAAACCCUGAUGUGUUCAGAGCCCUACUACUGCCUGAUGACUCCAGCACUUCUGUGCAGAAUCACAUCGCUGAUGCAGAAUCUCAAUUUCUAAACAAUGGCAGUUUGUACUGGAAUGAGACAGCAGUGAAAAUGAAUUCAGUGUUGGUGCUACUGGUGGUAGUCAGACAGUGCCACACCCACAGGAAGAAGCAAUCUGCAGUACCAGUGGCAGUGUAUGAUGAGGUAGUUCCAACCCCUACCACCACCUCCUCCAUUCCAACUGAGCCGUCUCACACUACUACCAUCCCCACUACUGGCAAUGUGGCCUAUGAGACCACAACUCCCAUCAACACUGCUCAUAAUUGUUCUUGUAUACCACCACCAGUAUUAGCUAUUGAGUCAUCGACAGUGAUCUUGGAACCAGAUGGGCCUGACUCUCUUGUAGGUGAUCUGAGUGACACCAACAAUGCCAGCUCAGUGACCAUCUCGUGGAGUGCUCCAUUCUCUCUGGAUGUGACUGGUGUUGAUCCUGAUAUCUGGUACUCUGUCCUCAUCUACAAUGUGACAGAUGAGAACAACCCAACAGCCAUCCUCUGUACUGACUGUAUCAAUAUCACUGAGACACACUACACCUUCACUCCUGAAUGCUUUAAUAAGUACAACAUCUCUGUUGUACCUAUCAAUGGAGCUGGCCAGGGAGAGACGAGUGGAAUGGUUCCAGUUAUAGAGACCCACAUUGAAGCUCUCUCAAGGAGUGAAUGCAGAGUUACUCUUUCUUCUUCAGAAGAAUUUUCUGGUUUAUGUAACUUCAACAUUUCCCUUGACGGAAUGUAUACCUGUCACAGCUUCCCACAGGAGCCUCAUUCAUUGGGAGGAGAACUAGCCAUCUGUGACCUUGCUGCUGAUACAGAAUAUUCCUUGCCACUGACUCUGUUCUAUGAUGCUGGAGGAAUGACUACCAUAGUCAUCAAUUUCACUACAUUCGAUGUCCAGAACGCCACUGUCAAUGCUGCCAGUAAUGGGAUCGUUGUAACUGUCAAUUUCAUCGCCAACACAACAGCCACUGGAUGUUUUACAGUACUACAGUCUGAGGAUGGGUCACCUGAUGAGUUCAGAGCUCUAUCAAGACCUGAGUCGGAAACUACUCUUGUAGCUACCAUAGACAAUGUACCACCUUCAACAUACACAGCACUGUUUUAUGACCUGGAGCAAGAUGGACUACCCAAUAGCAAUGUGGCAUAUGUAGGGAGCCAAAUUACUGUGGCUGGAGCAGCAGUGAAUGUCAGGUGUGAGUUCAAAGAAGGUAUAGAGGGAGCCUCAUGUGUCCUGGUCUAUCGAGAGUAUGAUAACAAGACACUAGUGGUGAAGGAAUAUCCUCAGAACACUGUCUUCCCUGUGACUCUGACUGUUGGUGGAGAUCUUGAGAAAUACACAUUUGCCCUCUUUGGGCGAAAUAAUUCUGAUAUUGAUGGAAGACCGAUUGUUACAAAAAAGUUAUUUGCAUCACCUUCUACAUCGUCACCUUCUACACCGUCACCUACUCUUGAACCCACAGUGCCACCUAGAGGUCCUGCAGGAUCAUUAUUUGUCUUGCAAUUUAAUGUGGCACAACUUUGCUAUCAUGAACUAUGGCUUUUAUAUAGGUGAAAACAGCUCCAACUUGACUCUAGUUUUCAC